UACUCGUGUGCUCCCUGUGCGCGUGUGUGUAACUACAGUGGAAUUACGGACACUGUUUGUCUUUAUGAGGAGUCUUUAAUUAUUAAGCGCUCUUAUAUAACAGGCAGAUUACGUAGGACGAGAGUCUACAUUUUCAUGUUUCGCUUAAACAUUUUGUCAGAAGCUAAUUAAUAGCUUACUUCGGAUGCAAUCGGAGCGUCGGACACGAUUGUUAUAUAAAUAUUGGACAAUACAUCGUCACCAACGUCGUUCAUCACUCGGUCACGAGCAAGAAGUGUUCAUCACACUUGUUCAUAGAAAAAUAUAAGUCAAAUAAAAAAUAACUUGUUUCAAACUCUAUCAAUUAUGGAACAGUGGCGUGGACAUUUAGCUGUCGUUACUGGAGCAAGUGCAGGCAUUGGUUCUGCAAUAACUAUUGAACUGUUAAAACACGGAGUAAAUGUAGUAGCUAUUGCAAGGAGAGAGCACCUUCUUAUUGAAUUGAGUAAUUUAGUAAAGGAAAAAGAAUGGCGUGGAAAGAUUUACUUGAAACCAUGUGAUAUAACUGAUGAAGUAUCUUUGAAAGAUGUAUUUAACUGGAUUGAAACAAACAUAGGCGGAAUAAGUAUAAUGAUUAAUAAUGCAGGCAUGUUAAGGCGUUCUACAUUAUUGGGGGGUAGCACGGCUGAUUGGAAAUCUAUUUUUGAUCUAAAUGUUAUGGCAUUAAGUGCAUGCUCAAGAGAGGCAUAUCAAUCUAUGGCUAAACACAAAAUUAAUGGACACAUAAUACAAAUUAAUAGCAUUGCAGGACAUGCUCUGACUCCAGUUUUCGCUCACAAAAUGUAUAAUGCAUCAAAAUUUGCUGUGACAGCUUUAUGUGAUGGCUUAAGACAUGAAUUACAGUUAAUGCAAUCGAAAAUCAAAGUCACUAGCAUCAGUCCAGGCUUAGUUGACACAGAAAUUUUUGAAGUGGCUCAAUGGAAACCAUUAAGUCACGGCAAAUCUAGUGAUAUGAUAUUGAAAUCGGAAGAUGUCGCAAAUACAGUUAUUGCAGCUCUGUCAACACCUCCAAAUGUUUUGGUUGCAGAACUUAUUGUUAUACCAACUGGCACUACUAUACAAAAACAUAAUUCACCCUCGCCACCUUUUGACUUAAGCUAAUGAUUUAUAAAUUUACUACUAUUUUAUUGUAUUUAAAUAAAAAAACAUCAAAAUGA